AAAAUUAAUUUACAAUAUAUAAUUCCCAGGACCCCGCAUUCACUAUAUCCGGUCUCCCCGGACCCUGCAUUCACUAUAUCCGGUCUCCCCGGACCCAGCACUCACUAUAUCCGGUCUCCCCGGACCCGGCAUUCACUAUAUCCGCUCUCCCCGGACCCCGCCUUCACUAUAUCCGCUCUCCCCGGACCCCGCAUUCACUAUAUCCGCUCUCCCCGGACCCCGCAUUCACUAUAUCCGCUCUCCCCGGACCCCGCCUUCACUAUAUCCGCUCUCCCCGGACCCCGCAUUCACUAUAUCCGCUCUCCCCGGACCCCGCAUUCACUAUAUCCGCUCUCCCCGGACCCCGCAUUCACUAUAUCCGCUCUCCCCGGA